UUAUUCUUGUUUGUAUAUAACUGGCGUUAUAUAAGGGUCGGCAGUUCAAUAGACUCCCCGAGUGGGUAUUAUUAUUAGACCACGUUGGAUGGCAAGCUGGAAAUGGCAAGCGGAAAAGACACCUGUUCCGCCGAAACGGAUGUUAAUCGAUCCGCCGCCCCCUUUCUUUUAUAUUUUUAUAUUUUUGUUAGGAACUCGUCAAUUUUACAAGAAUUUCAUUUUCUCUUUUUUGGCUAUAAAGUUACUAAAAAUAACGGAGGAGAAAGAAAAGGUGACGAAACGUUUCCUUGCUGUUGUGCAAUUAUUGCUGACGCAAUCCGCAUAUUUUUAGAGCAGGAGGAGGAGGAGGAGUAUGCCAGGAACUAUAUGGAAAAUGUCUAGAUCAGAAGAUCGAAAUUAGGUUCCCCAAAAAAAGUUUACACCCCGCGGCUGUUCUUCUUCCAUUCUUCAUGUAAAUUUGUAUCGAUUGAAACUCCUAAUGGCCGUUCUGCUGGAGCGCGAUGAGAGGGAAAAAAAAAUAACCAAAAAGUGAAAAAAUAAAAUAAAAAAAGAGUUUUCAAACGUGCUGGCUUAUUUCUAGUCUUAUCUGAAUUUUUACUCUCGUCGUCAUCAUCGCAAGCACACAGACAGAACAGUCAGAGUGAAACUAUGAAAGGCAUGUGUGUGUGUGUGUGCUGGCGGAGAUGGGCGCCGACUAUAUUUAUACACGUUCCGGCGAUGCGUGUAUACUGGCGGCCCGACCCCGUUGAGACUAAGCGCAUGCUGCUUCUGCUGCUCAUGCUGCUGCUCGCUGCUGUUGUCUUCCGUCGCGCCUUUUUGCCGUUCCUAUAAAUAUUUGAGUGGUUUUUCCGGAGAUGUGAAGACUGUGAAACCAGCAGCAGCAGCAGCAGUGAAAGUGUGAAACGGUACGAACGGUAUAUAGACGUACGCCAGUUAGAUUAGAGUCCCAGUCUAGCUCUAGAUUCUUUUUCAUCCGCAUUGUACACAACGACAAAACAACAAAAGAAAGAGAAAACUUUCCUUUUGGGCGAUCCAUCAAUAUUGAUGUUAGAUAUAGAGUAUACACCACGACCAUUUCUACUCGAGGGUUUGAGCUGUAUAACAGCAUAAUACUUAUCGCUAAAUCAUUCAAAUCGCAGUCGCAAGUACUAUAUAGAGUUUCCCUAUACAAACAAUUGGCAUGUUGGCGCUGCUCUGACCCGACCCCAACCCGCCGGAAUAUUCUUGCGUAAUGGGCUAAACUCGUUUCGACGGAACAAUCGUCCGCGUUGCAUCACCCACCCCCACCCCCUCACCUCGACGUAGCUAUAGUAGUAGUAUUGAUUCUGACUUUUCAACCGUGAAUUAUAAAUUGCAACUCCUAAGGUUUCCCCUCACCCCAUAACCCUGUGGAAAGCCAAGGGACAUGUUUUACGUGUACAGGUAUACACUACACUUAUAGGAUUUCCGUCUUAAAAAUCAAAUGCUAAUGCCCCCCUGUGUCCGCGGUAUAGAUAUAUAAGGCGGCGCUUCCUAUAUAUUUUAGACGCGCGUGUCUCUUUUUUUCUUUUUGGCUUUAUCAACUGAUAUCAUUUCCAGUUUGGAUCUAUACACACAUGACACAUAAGGCAAUCUCACGGUAUGUUAGUUUCUUUCUAGCUGUGCGAUCGAUCUUCUUCUUCUUUUUUGGCCGGCGACGUCGACCUCGAACCCGCACACACACGGCCGGGCUCUCUCUCUGCUGCUGUGUGUGGGUUUCAUAUUUCAUCUUUUCGUCAUCUCUGUCAUUCCUUUCUCUCUCUCUCUCAAGCUGUAUAUACACUAUGUAAAAGAUACGGCGGAAGAAUAAGGAGAAGAAGAAGGUGGAUGUGUGUGUAGUCCGCAGUUUUAAUCCUUUAAGACCCCACGCUCGUAUUUUGUACUUUGGCCAGAAAAGUGUUGGACAACUUUUCCAUUUUCUUCUUUUUCUUCUUUUUCUUCUUUUUCUUCUUGUUUUAUUUGUUUUUUAUUUGUUUGUUUGUUUGUUUGUUGUUUCAACCUUUUGGUCGGUGGUCUCUUUUCAUCGAGUAAUGAGACAUCUAUAUAGCCCUUGGCAGUUGCAAGUGGCAACUUGCAAAAACUUGGUCGCGACGUGAGACCGGGCCGCGGCUAUAAUAUAAUAUGCCCUGCCACCAAUUUUCCGCCAUCCUGCGUUCUUCACCGCUGGCGCGUAUUUCUAGACUUAAAACAAACACGCUCUGACGCUCCUCCGCCCCGCCAGCAGGCCGGAGGAGGUGGCUACUAGCUGCUGGGUGGCGCCCACUCUGUUGGACUUUGUUGUCGUCGGGGAUCUAGAGAGACUCGACUAUAGUCUAGUCUACUUGUCGUCGACUUCGCCGAAAGUGGAUGACGACGAUGCCAAUGCUGUCGCACAGCAAUUCACUAAUGGACGACGAUCCGGGGAUGAUGUCGGAAGCCGAAACCUCGGCGACGGGAUUUCGGCGCGGCUCAAAGCAACGGGCCACACUGCCGGUGGUCCGCACGCCCUCCAAGACUCUCGAGCGCCCAUUAGGAUUGGUUUUCUUACAAUUCCGGCACGAGACGAAACGGGCCCUGCUGCCCAACGAAAUCACGACGCUGGACACGGUCCGGGCUCUGUUCGUCCGCUCGUUCGCCCGCCAGCUGAGCAUGGAGUAUUUUGAUUCCAACAACGUUCACAUCUACAUUCACGAUCCUAAUCAGGAUAUGUUUUACGAGCUAGAAGAUCUCAGGGAUAUACGGGACAGGUCGAUCCUGCGUCUCUUCGAGACGGACGAGCUGAAGCAGCCGUUCAACUUCCAGUCGGCCUUGCCCAUUUCGCUGUCGCAGUUGUCCUUUCUCGACGACGGCGAGGCGCUGCUGGACGCCAACGACUUGGAUCAGCCGCUGGAUCGAUGCAACCCGCGACUGAUGAUCAGCUCGCCGCUCUCAUCGGGCACCUGGGACGAGAUGUCUUACUUCAGCGAACCCGAAUUCGACUCCGACUAUCGACCCCAACACGUUCACAAAGCCAAGACUAGGACGGCCAAACCCAUGAUGGGACUGGCCAACGGCCGCCAAUCCAUUCCGGUACCAGCAGCGUCUGUGAAUCACGGCUCAACGGUGUCCCUCAUCCAGCCGCCGCCCAACAUGCCACCGAGAAAUCUUCAGGGAAGAUCUGCCUUACACCGGUCCUAUUCCAUUGCGGCGGAGCAGACGCCGUCGCCGCUCAGGAUCGAUCGCAACGCCAUGUCACCUGUCAAAGUUGCCCGGGAUUACGCAACUAGUGUUCCCAGCAGCGAUCAAUCGGCAAGAUGGAGCGAGCAGCAGCAGCACGGAGCCGAGGUAAUCCACGGCUUUUUCCCGUGCUCGCAACAGGCGUUACCGCCUCAAGUGCCGCCGAGACCGCCUGAGCGCUCGUUUCACAAUUACAGCAACUUAUCGAACCUCAAACCCAGUUACGGAGCCUCAUCCUCUUCACUGGCCAUUGCAAGCAACGCAGUUAUUGGUCCCGCGCUGAGCCGGUCACCCGUGUUUGGCAACGGAUUCAACGACCUUCGAAAUUCGCAAUCGUCAGUCUUCCAAAGCGGAAUAGCUGAUCCAGCUUUAGUCGACGAACAGACCAGGAAACGAAUGGAGCAAGUUGAACGGAAAUUAGCUAGCCUUACCGGUUUAGUGCAAACGGCAUUAACCAGUGCCGUCGGAGUCCACGUUCAGCUGUCUGACAAUGAUUUAGAUAGUGACACCAAUAGCUCCGGACUUCCCUUGCGUAUUCCGCCAGUCGAGCCAGACGCAAGAUCCCCCCACCUUCUCGCCGUCAAGACCCCCAGACUGGGACUUGGAAAGUGUAAAGAUAAGUGCGUGUCGUUUGAGAAGUCUGUGUCUUUCUGCGACGACCCCGUCGAGUUGCAUGAAGGGAAGCAUUCGCCACAGCCUACAGAAAGCAAGCCAACUAAACCUGCCAUCAAGUCGUCCACUUUGCCCCGGGCUUCUUCUCAAGUUUCGGUUUACAAAGGAGAUUCAGAUUGGAUCGGGAGCGUGGAAACGUACACUCAGUUGCGCCUGCUGCAGAAAAACGCCAGAGAACUGCGGUCGGAAAUGCGAAGCCUGCGCCGCUUGAGUCAGGCCCAACUCUCGGCCGUCAACGAAGCCGUCAAGGACACGAUUCAGAUCAUGAAGAAAACCUUCUUGGAAAACAGUGACGUUAUCACGAACGCGCUGUGCGAUAACGAUUCGUCCAACGUGGAGACAACGCUGAGGAAUGUGCACCGACAGGAAGACAACUACCAAAAAGAAAUGAAGCAACUGGAGAAAGAUCUUAGCGAAUUGGAAACUUCGGUUGAGAACUUACGAAGUCACGUAAUCAACAAGAAGACCCGAGUGAGCAUGGCCGAUGUGGAACAACUCGCCACUUUGCUCAGCCGAUCCAGUAAAUCCGUCGACCAAUUGAAGACUCAAUUUCCAGUCCUGGAAGAGUCCAUCAAAGGUGCGCUUACUUUACAAUUGGACAAACAAGCCGAAGACAAUCAGUUUCUGACUGAGACGCCGAAUAAGUUGGAGAAUACCAUUGGACGUUGCAAAAAGUUGACGAGUACUUUAGUCACUUUGAGAAGGUUGGCUUCGGUCCAAGAGCAACGACAACCACAAACUUCAGAAAAAUCUCCCACAUCUAAAAGCUACACCACGUCUGUGACAGUCGAUACGCCUUCCAACGUAAUCCGCAAUCCCCCCCAACAGGGAAUCUCGUGGAACGAAUUCGCUCAGCAAUCCGAUUGCAACGAUGCCUUUACUGCUUCACUCGAGUUAUAUCCAACCUAUCGUGCCGACGUCUCUGAGCCUGGGAUCGUCGACGCAACAAGUCGGAAUGACUCCCGGUCCUUUCACCAGUGUGGUGAUCAAUCGCAACGAACAGAACCUCGAUCUCCCAACGCACUCGACACUUUACUAGACGAACUGAAGCAUUAUUCGGAGACCACCAACCCUGACAUGGGAUCUCCACAAAUUGUCACUGCCAAGACUGGAUCUGGGCAAAGAACACAAGCACUUCAGCCAACACUUGCCAUGCAACCCAUUUUAAAACCCCCUGUACCUACGUCAACUUCCUAUGCUGAAUCUUCCGUUGACGGCGUCGUCUCCAGCACUUGCAUUGGUAAUCCGACGAGCGGUCGUCGAAGGGCUCCUCCUCCACCUCCACCGCGAACAUCUUCUCGAUCACCUCUCGCCUCACCUCUUCGUACCAACCAUAAGUUCAAUCCUCGGCCGUUACCAAGUUUGCCUGCCACAGUGGAAAAUAAUCACUUUACAAUGCCAUUGGUCACGACGGUGACGUCGGUGUCGCCCCAGUCUCAAACGCGGAGCACUUCCAUUCUAUCAGCAGAUUCAAAAGUCGUGAAGACUAAUAAAGGUCGACAACCCGUUCCAACUCAAACCAAAGAAAAAUUGGUUGAGUCACACGACGUUCUUUUGCGCUAUAAAUGUGCGUCUUCAGCCAAUUCUUCUCUUUCUAGACGAACCAGUGAAGCUGAUAUCGAUAACAUGAUAACUACUUGUGGUGAUAGCGGUGUACCUUUAACGCUACCAGGCUCUCCGAAACGUGAUACUCUGGAGUCGCGACAUCAAGAACUUCUGAAAACCCAAAAACACCUUCAAGAACAAUAUGAUCGAUUACAGAGAUUCCAUGGCACCCAGAUUAUGCCUGUCCCAUCUGUUAACGAAAAAUUGCAAUUUAUAGUACCACCUUCACCACAAUUUACUGUUCAAGUAGUUAGUGAAGCAUAUGCUACACCCGAGGGACAAUUACAUUUGCAGACGGAUACGGAUAGGUGUGAUUCAGAAACAAGUGAAAACAAACAUUUGCAAAAUACUGAGAAUCAAGCAAUGAUAAACGUUGUUGCAAUCGAUAAUAGAACCCCACAAAAUGUAAACCAGUCUAAAGAUCAUUCAAUUGAAACCAAAGAUCAACAGUCGAUCACUUCUUCUAUCGACGCUGAUGGUGGCAAAGGGAGAGAUUAUACUUUCAUUUCAAUUUUAUUGGAUAAUGCUCACGAGACUGACAUUUUGUGAAUCAAAUUAGUAUAAAGAAAACAAUAGGAACCCUUACUUAAAAAACGAACUUGCUCACCUUUAAUUUUGUACGUUUAUAAAAGAAAGAAACUUCUGUAUUGACACAUCAUCGUUAUCAUUAAAAUUUAAGUUCUUAACAGAAGAGUUUGGUAACGCCUGGGGUCAAAAUUCUGAAAAAUUUCCUUAUGUUUCUAGUUAUGAAAAUUUCACUGUAAUAUCUACACUGGGACCUAAGUAAAUCAUAAAUUACCAUAUCCCUUUAAAAAAAUUAUUGCGGGUGCUUUAGUUACCCAUUGGUUGAUGCUUCAAUUUCAUAAUUAUUCGUUCAAAUUAGUUUGUAAAUAGACUUCAUGUCUAUCACUUUUUUGUGUUCCGCUUCUAAUAUGGGUUAGAAUUGGGUUGUAGAAAAACAAAAAUAAAUGAGAGAAAAACAAAUAUUUCCAAUGACAAUUUGAUACAUCUUUAAAACUUUGGUAAAGACCAAGUGCACUUGGCACUUUUACACUUCACAGUCACAUCAACUGCAUUAUGAUAGUUAAUAGGGUGAGAUAAGGACUAUUGGUAAUCCCAUUUAUCUACUUAGUAUGUUAUCAGCGUUAAUUGGAAUUUUAUACUCCCGUAUAAAUGUUAAGCUAUGAAAGCAGCUCAGAGGAGAUUCAUUCGUGAAUUUUAUUUCUUUUAAUUAUUUGUUUAAUUUUUCCAUUGAAUUAAAAAAAGUUAUAGUCCCCACUAAUCAAAAUAUGUAAAAAUACACCCACCGCAAUUAAUUGCUGGAUGACUCCCCUUUUUAUAUGAUUUUGUCAUUCCUUGUGAUUUAUUCUUUCUUUGAUAGAACUGUACAUCACAAAUGUUCAUAUUAUUGCAGAUUCUGCGCUAACUUUUUAUUUAAUUGACUGCUGAUAUUAUUUGAUUGAUUUAAGCCAAACAUGAGAAAUGCAGUUUGGAUAAAUAACAUUUACAGUAUUUCUCUGAAGUAGAAUGAGCACCCUAGCUGCUACUAAUCUACUUCGUUAUAUCCUCUACAAUGGCCAAAUAAUUUAAAAAAAACUUCUACAAAAAUAAUUCGUUGCAUUUUAAAAUAAAUUAAAACCAAUUCGCUGAGAA